AUGGAAUCAAGAAUGGAAGGAGAUGCGUUUUCUGGAUUUGGAGAGAGGUACCAGAUGGAUGGCAAAGUGUUGCAGAGUUUCCAAAAGAGCUUUGUUCAGGUUCAAGACAUUUUGGAUCAGAACAGGCUUCUGAUCAACGAGAUCAAUCAAAACCAUGAGUCAAAACAAGCAGAUCACUUGGGAAGAAACGUUGGUUUGAUAAGAGAGCUCAAUAACAAUAUCAGAACUGUGGCAAGUCUUUAUGGUGAUCUCUCUCAUUCUUUUGCCAAAUCCAUUGAUGCUUCAUCAGAAGGAGAAUCCACUGGGGCCAUCAACCAAAAGAGAUUUAGAUCCGGUUGA